CUAGAUAGUUUUUGCCUAGCUGCGGGACUUUUGUCCACGACUGUAUAAUUGAUUUGUAUGAAAUGAUUGAAGAAAAUGCCUUCGAUCAAGUCUUACGUGCUUAUGUGAAAAAAAGAACUUGCUGAAGAAACAUUUUCAGAUGAAGAACGACAACGUGUCCUAACUGUAUUUUCUCGUAAAACAUUCGAAAAAGAAACAAUUGCUGAAACAUUGAAAAGUAUCGAUAGUUGGAUUUCGAUGCUCAAACGAUUAAUGAUUCGUGUGUUAAAUGCUAAUGUCAGUCUUGAAGUUCCACUUCAACUUUAUCUUGAACGAACCGAUUUAUGGAAUGAUUGUGUGAACAAUAUCGAUCUUGAAACCUUUCAAGUUGAUGAUGUUAUUCUUCUUCAACACACCUAUGUCGUCCUAAGAGGUUUAGAAAAAAGACAACAAACGAAUAAUAAAUCACCACAACAACAAAACGUAUCAAAUAUUCAAACUAUAGAAGGACAACGACAAAAAGUUCAAACAUGGUUCGAUACAACAACUAGAUCGACAACAGCUCCCAAAGUGAUUGCUGACAAAAAAGGAGAUAAACCAAAGAUUCGUAUGUGA